UUCUAUUUCAAAUUAUGUCAGGUACUGAUUUUUAUGCUAAAGCCAAUGAUGCUUUCUUUGACGACGACUAUGACGAAGCUCUUGAUAUGUUCAGUCAAGCUAUUCAGAUCGAACCUAGAAAUCCCGAAUUUAUUCUGAAAAGAUGUGUUGUCUAUCAAAAGCUUAAGAGAUAUCAGGAUGCCGCAAACGAUGCUGCUACAGCUCUGAAGAUAUUGGAAGAAUCGCAAGGAGCAAGGACAUUGUUGGCACGCGCUCAUUUACAAAAUGGAAUCACUUUACAUCACUUGGGAAAAUAUGCCGAAGCUCAGCUCCACUUUGAAAACUCUAAGGAACUGAAUCCAAAUGAAAAAACAUUGGCAACGUGGUUACGAAAGAAUGGUGAAAAGAUACCAAAAGUGGAAUCUACAACUAUUACUGAAUCAAAAAUUACCCCUAAUCCACCAACCACGCCCAUGCAAGCUCGCGUCAGACAUGAAUGGUUCCAGAAUGAAGAUUUUGUUACAGUGGAAGUAUUUAUGAAAAAUGUCAAACCAGGUACCGUAGAUUUGAACUUUUUUGAUACUUCACUGUCAUUGACCAUCAAGUUACCUACUGGCGCUGAUUAUUCCCUAGAAUUGGAUCCAUUAUCUCAUGAAAUCUUACCUAAAGAAUCAUCCUAUAAAGUCUUAUCAACAAAAAUAGAAAUAAAGUUGAAAAAGAAGCAAGCUGGUAUACUUUGGGGUGCUUUAGAAAGUGAAGAUGAUCAAGGUCGCACAAUGGCGACUUCAACAAAGACGACUCGACAAGCCAAAGAUUGGAAUAAAUUAGUGAAGGAUAUUGAUCAAGAACAAGAAAAAAACAAAGGACCUGAUGAACUGAACAGUUUAUUCCAACAAAUUUACAAGAAUGCAGAUGAAGAUACCAAACGAGCCAUGAUGAAAAGCUUUGUAGAAAGUAAUGGAACUUGCUUAUCAACAAAUUGGAGUGAAGUAGGUGCCGGUCCUGUUGAAACCAAACCUCCUGCAGGAAUGGAAGCAAGAAAGUAUUGAUUUUUUUUCAUUUUUAUUUGAUAAUCUUUUUUUAUGCUUCAUAGUAUUAGAUAUUUUUCUUUAUUUUGAUUUGAAAUAAACAAUUGCAAUUUUUUUUAAGAUA